AUCAUUUCAUCCAAGUGAUGCUGACACAGACAAUGAAGAAUCUGAAGAUGAAUUUAUUGAAGAACAUAAUGUAAACUUUGUGAGCGAGAUGAAGUAUGUCGUGUUUAAUAGUCAGUUAAAACAACUGUUUAACAAGUGUCUUGGUGAUAAUCAGUGUGCUGCACCUGUGGUUGAACUUGACUAUCGCCACAAAGGAAGUUUGGUAAUUGUAAAUGGAACGUGCUUGCAUAAUCACCACUUUGAAUGGAGGUCCCAGCCACUUUCUAACAAGAUGGCUAUUGGCAACCUGUUACUUGCAGCAUCAAUUUUAUAUUCAGGAAACACAUACACCACUGCUGCAGAAAUUUUUGACACCUUCAAAUUAAAAUUUUUCAGUGAAAACGAUUUUUAUUAUAUACAACGAAAGUAUUUACUUCCAGUUGUCAAUUCCAUGUGGAACAGCCAACAGCAACAGCUGCUAUCAGAAUAUGAAGGCAACACAGAUCUGAUUGUGGCAGGGGACGGACGGUCUGAUAGUCCUGGCCAUUCAGCUGUUGUCAAGGUUACCGAAGUAAAUAACUCGUACUCAAUGGAAAAAGAGGGUUUGAUACGAUGCCUUAAUCAGCUGGAAGAAGCACAUGUUACAGUAACAACACUAGCUACAGACAGGCAUCCUCAGAUUUCGAAAUUGAUGAAGGAUGAAUAUUCAACAAUCUCCCAUCAAUAUGAUGUCUGGCACAUGUCUAAGUCAAUAAAGAAGAAACUUGCAGCAGCAGCCAAAAGAAGGGAGUGUGCCGAGCUACAACCAUGGAUAAAGUCUAUUGGAAAUCAUUUUUGGUGGUGUUCUGACUCAUGUAAUGGAGAUGCAAUUGAACUUAAGUGCUGGGAAAAUUAUCAAGUCUAUUGUCACACCGGUGACUUGGAGGUAUUUCACAACGUCCUUCUGAAAAAUGUUCCAAAAAGAAUUGCUUUUCGUUACGAGGGUACAGUUGCCAGGACACUUUUAGCAGCAUUGGAUAACAACACAAAUGUAGGCCGCAAACAGGCAACCACUAUUAGUGGCGAAAAAAGGUGGAAAUUACAAUGGUCCAAAGCAAGUCAUCAAUUUGUAGUUAAAAAAAUCAAUGAUCCAAAGGAAUUUACAUUUCGGACAGACCUGUUGAAUGCUACUUUGGACAUGCAUAAAAGUGGAUCAGAAACAGAACAAUCAGCAAUCAAAAUCCCAGUUUUGGCAAGAAACUCAACUGGAAGGGGCGAAAAACCAUUCAAAACAGAAGCUAUUGAAGGUCUUAUUAGCAGACUUGGAAAAAAUGAAUAGAUUAAAAUUUAUGUAAAGCGCCUAUGUGAUCUGUGAUCAGGCGCUAUAUAGAUAUAGUUAUUAUUAUUGUUAUUAUUAUUAUUAAUAAUAAUAUUAUAUUAAUAAU